AUGAAGACCAUUCUCAGCAAUCAGACUGUUGACGUUCCAGAAAAUGUCGACACUCAGAAGGGGCGCACAGCCAUUGUGAAGGGCCCCAGGGGAACUCUGCAGAGGGACUUCAAUCACAUCAGUGUGGAGCUCAGUCUUUUUGGAAAGAAAAAGAAAAGGCUCCAUGUUGAGAAACUGUGGGGUAACAGAAAGGAACUGGCCAUUGUCAGAACCAUCUGCAGUCGUGUUCAGAACUUGGUCAAGGGUGUGACACUGGGCUUCCGUUACAAGAGGAGGUCUGUGGAUGCUCACUUCCCUAUCAAAGUCGUUGUUCAGGAGAAUGGGUCUUUGGUUGAAAUCCGAAAUUUCUUGUGUGAAAAAUACAUCCGGAGGAUUCGGAUGAGGACGGGUGUUGCUUGUUUUGUCUCUCCAGCCCAGAAGGAUGAAUCAGUCCUUGAAGGAAAUGAUAUUGAAUUUGUUUCAAAUUCAGCGGCUCUGAUUCAGCGAGCCACAACAGUUAAAAACAAGGAUAUCAGGAAGUUUUUGGAUGGCAUCUAUGCGUCUGAGAAGGGAACCGUGCAGCAGGCUGAUGAGUGA